AGUGUUCAACAAAUUGGGGGAGAGGGCAAUGGGUGGCAAGGUGGAAGCUUGUGUGGAGUGCACCCAGAAAUGUUUAAAGAUUCAUGAGAAGAAGAAAAUCUCAUUACCUGCAGUUACCUCUUUUUCCAAAGUCAUGAUUGGUGCUAAGUUUGCACAAGUGUUGUAUUUUCCUCCGAAAUUUGCUGCUAUGGUACCAGCAUUGGUCAAUCAGAAAACCUUUCUUGAGGACUCAAGUGGGCAGCAAUGGCUAGUAACCAUAUCCAAAGUUGAUGGCUCUCUUGCUUUUCAACAAGGGUGGAAUUCUUUUUCAUUAGACCAUGGCCUAGAAAUCGGAGAUUUUCUGGUGUUCAAUUACGUGGGAUCACACUUUGUUGUUAGCAUCUACACCAAAAGUGGAUGUGAAAAAUUAGAUUUUCCUUGGAACAGCAAUCCGAAGAAACGAGCUAGGGCUAGUUGCAAUUCUACUGCCAAACGUAGCCAAUGGCACACAAUUGAUGAAGAUUCGAUGAACAAACAGGGCACAAGCACCUCUGCUGUACAUAUGUCAGAUGAAGAAAUAAGUCCAAGUCAAUAUAAGACGAAUGAUUUGGAAGAAAUACUGGAAGUCCCUGAAAAUCCUUCUGAUCAUAUGGAUACCAUCGAAAAAAAUCCUUCUGAUCAUAAGGAUACCAUCGAAAGGCCCAAGCCUAUGCCAGAAUCAGAAUACUUUGAAGAUACAUAUUACAUGAUCAAUCGAGACCUGGGGGGCAAACAAGGAGAUGACAUUAUGUUUGACUUGUCUGGCUUCGAAAUGGGGAACAACUCUGGUGCUGAUGGUUCUAAAAAUGCUGCAGCUAAAGAUGUUGGAUGUUCUACAUCACAAAGGUUUCUAUCCGAAGAUUAGGACCUAUAGAUACAUCCCAGGAAGCACCGAUACU